GGACAGCGGCAGUAGGCACACGCUUGCCGCUAUCUGUCAGUUCGCACUUCGCCAGAAAAACACAAGCGCGCCAGUUCUCUGAUAAAUGUUGGAGCGCUCACAGAAACAGGGUUUUAGCGGAACUAGAAAAAGCGAUUAUAUAUUUUUAAAAGCUGGCAUUACGUUUGGUCUGAAACACACUUCUAAGUCGCCUUCCGGAAAUUAAAUGCUGGUGGGAUUAGAGUCGCCUGGCUGCAUCUACGCGAGGGUUGAGGUUGGCAUAUCUGGAGUGUGCAACAUUAGAUGCGCAAAAGGGCUGGGCUGGGGCUCCAUGACCUGGCUGACUGACAUGAAUCUUCUGCCUAACUGAGUGUGUCCUCCUGACUAAGGGAAUCUGCUUUGGGAUCCUCCAUGAUGAUGCAAAAGCAGCCGACACGCACGUCUCCUGGAAGUGUGUGCUCCCUCCGUGGGCCGCAUGGGCCAGGGUCGCCUGCGGUGGCCAUUGUGGCCAAGAUGGACAACCAGGUGAUAGGCUAUAAGGACCUGGCAGCCAUCCCUAAGGACAAGGCCAUUCUGGACAUCGAGCGGCCGGACCUGAUGAUCUACGAGCCCCACUUCAGCUACACACCGCUGGAGCUGUCCGAGUGCGCUGAGAGAUCACUGUCACCACGCUCCAUCUCUCCUCCUCCGUCUCCUGAGGCGCUGCCCAAGGACCCCAGGGAGUGGCUGGAGCAGAGGUGUUCCUCUGGGGGGUCCUCCCCAGCCUCCAGUACCCAAACCAGCAGCAAGGCCAGCCGCAGCAGCGCCCCCACCACCACCAUCACCUCCGCCACGUCCGCCGCCUCCGCCUCCGCCUCCGCCUCCGCCAAGGCACCCUACCAGCAACAUUUCCACAGACCAGCUAAUGGCAUAAAUAUAUACAAGAAACCACCAAUUUACAAGCAAGACUUAUCAGCUCCUGUCCCACAUGGAAAGCACAUUGAGGAUCUGAUCAUCGAGUCGUCCAAGUUCCCCGCGGCUCAGCCACCAGACCCCAGCCAGCCCUCCAAGAUAGAGACAGAGUACUGGCCCUGUCCACCCUCAUUGGCUGUUAUUGAGAAGGAGUGGAAGCAGAAGUCCCAGUCACAGCAGAAGGAUGGAGAGAGGAACGAGGAGGACGAGGAGUAUGAUGAUGGAGAUCUGUCAGACGAUAUGUGGAGCCUCAGGCAGAUGCAGAAACAACAACUCAAUAAGAUCACGUCCAAUAUUGGGAAGUUGAUCCUGAAGGAGGAGAUUGAUGGGGGAGGAGCCCCUGUGCGCCGGAAAACCCGCUCCCUGCCCGACCGGACGCCCAUGCAGAUAGGUCCCAAAUCCACUUCUUUCACAUCAAAUGACAGAACUGGCGGCCUUGCACGGCUGCAGUCCACUGACUUCUCCAACGCUGACAAAAAUGGACAAGCUUUUCAGGUAAGUAAGUGUUCUCGUUGCCUAAUGGAUUGCCAUUAUCAACACAGCAUGGCCCUGGCAUCCAGCCUCCUAUCAGUAUUAUACACACAGUGCUAUGUACUUUGUGUGUGUGUGCAGAAUGGAGAUGCCUCUCGUGGCAGGAUGGACAGAGGGAACUCCCUGCCCGCCAUGCUGGAACAGAGGAUUUAUCCCUACGAAAUGCUGAUGGUGACCCAUAGAGGCCGGAGCAAGCUUCCGCCGGGAGUCGACCGUACGCGACUGGAGAGGCACCUGGCACCAGAGGAAUUCUCCAGGCUCUUUGGAAUGCCCAUCGAGGAAUUUGAUGGGCUGUCCCUGUGGAAGCGGAACGACCUCAAGAAGAGAGUCUGCCUCUUCUAGCACAGGAGGGGGGAGUGUGUGGGUGGCUGAGUGUGUGUGGGCACUGGGCAGGCAGGGGAUAUAUUUGUGUGUGUGUGCGUGUGUGUAUGUGUGUCUGUGUGUGUGGGUGUGUGGGUGUGUGUGUGUGUGUGUGUGUGUGUGGGUGUGUGUGGGUGGGGGGAUGGAAAAAACACUCCCACUCCUUUUUUCCCCUCUCUUCUCCACUCCCUCGCUCUGAAAACCAAGAGGAGGCCAGAACACUUCCUGUAUGGAAACCUGAAGGAACAAGAACUCAGCCAAUCAGACACGGAAUGCCAUGAGGAACUGACCAAUCAUCAAACAGUACAACAACCAGCACUGAAAAAAAACAAGGAGUUCAGAAUCCCUUUAAAACUCUAACACUAUCACAACCAGAUAUAUCAAGUAAUACGCCUGACACUCAAACCACCUUUUCAAUAUUGUAUUGCCUCUCUCUUCCUCUGUUUGGUUGGACUCAUAGUGGCACAAUUGUACCCUGGAGAGGUAAUUAACUAUUACUUAAACAUUGCAGGCCACUAUGAGAGUGGUAGUUUAAUUAACCAGUGCUGAUAGCUUCAAAUUGUAGUUCAGACAUACUAACUCUGGGAUCCAAAGCUACUAUUCUCAUCCAGCCACAGAAACUCAGGCCCAAACUCUAACAUGGUAUAAGCCACUACUACUACUAAGUACAAUAGCACUGCCACUUGUUUGAGCCACGGCUUCAGAAAACACAAUGGCCACUUGUUUGUGACGUGAUCGUUAGGCAGAGCAGGUCACCUGUGCACUAGGUUGUGGCAAUGCUAGCAAGCGCUGGUGCUUUCGGCGGUGUCUAAGGAAAUGGUUUUGCUUGUUUUAUUGCCUCUAAAAGUAUCUUCUAUUUUAUUUAUUACAUGACGAAGCACACAUGCAACUCUAUUUCUUUCUUUCUUUCUUUCU